AUGUCCUUGCUUGGCCCUGAGGGCGUGCAACACCUUGCUGCGCAAGACCCCGAGGCAAUCGGUGCGCGUCUAGAGGCGUUUAUGAGUUACGAAAAUGCGCUGCUAGAGCACCUGCAGCAGAAGAUGUCUGCAUCAUUUGCGUCUAUGGCGUCACCGUCAGUGACGGAUGAUUCUCUUCGCUCUAAGUCGCUCAUGGUGAGCGUUAUGGUCCUCGAGGAGGCGGAUGGGAAGAAUCUCCUACUCUGUGUGAGAGUGGUCGUGAUGGCCAUCGCAUCCGCCAUGCUCCAGACCCAGCAACAGCGCGUGGCGCUAGCCAUCUCAAAGCUCGGUGGUCGAGCGCGAGAAUGGGCACUGGCGUGCGGCACUUCGGGUGAAGCUGCGAUUACCUCCAGGGUGGAGCUGGAACUGCAGCUCUCACGAGUGUUCUCGCCGCCAAACCAGGCAUACCGCGUGCGAGCGCGUUUCCUUGCCGCCCGACAGGGCAACAACGAAUUGGUGGACUUUGUCCAAGAGAUGCGUUUUCUCAUUACCGGGAUGGCAGCAGAUCCCCUUCCUGAGGCGGUUACGAUGACCGUCUUUAUGGAAGGCCUCCGCACUGGUCUGGCCAGAAUGGAAGUCUUCCGAGUGCAACCGUCUCCAUUAGAAGAAGCGGAGGAUGUGGCAAUGAAUUUCAAGUCGGCACGACUUGGUUAG